UUACAUUCUUAAACACGUUCCCAUUUCGUCCAGCAAACACCUCGUAAACAUUGCGAUACCCUGCAAAAUCCCAUCUCGCUACCUUUACCUUUCGCUCGCCUCCACCUACACCCCACGUUACUCUCCUACUCAUUGAACUCUGAUUUGGUCUCAAAGAGAGUGAGUUCUCGAGGGCUUGGAGUAGGGUGUGAAAGCAGGGGUACGCUUGGAGGAUCGGAUUUCAGCUGUCCUCCCUCCUCUUUGGCAUGAAACUGAAGAAGGAAAAGUUUGUCAGGUUUUAUUCUGAUGGAAAAAAACAAAACGAGUCUCCAUGGGGAAGAACUGAACCAACACAGCUAGAAAGGUCUUCAUCUGCAUAUAAGGUUCCGCCAUCUUUGCCAAAAUCUGAUAAUGGACUAGUUGGGGGUAGAAAUAGAUUCACUGAAAAUCUCAGAACUGGAAAGUCUAAGGUGUUUCCAGAGGACCAUGAGCCAUGGCGCAAGAGAAUACUUGACCCCGGUAGUGAGAUUGUGUUGCAAUGGAACUGGGUUUUCAUGUUUUUUUGCUUGGUGGCACUUUUUGUUGACCCAUUGUACUUUUACUUGCCCACGCUGGGAGGAGAUGCUGACUCUUCAUGUGUAAAGACAGACUUGAAUUUGCGAAUUGUUGUGACCUUUUUCCGGACAAUUACAGAUAUAUUCUAUUUGUUGCAUGUGAUUAUAAAAUUCCGGACUGCUUAUGUUGCACCUAGCUCUCGGGUGUUUGGCAGGGGUGAACUUGUCAUGGAUCCGAAGAAGAUUGCACAGAGGUAUAUUCGAUCUGACUUCUUGAUAGAUCUCAUUGCCACACUGCCCCUUCCUCAGAUAGUUAUCUGGUUUAUUAUACCAGCAACAAGAAGUCCCCAAGCUGAUCACAAGAACAAUACCCUUGCACUUAUUGUUCUGCUUCAAUAUGUUCCGAGAUUAUAUCUGAUUUUUCCAUUAAGAUCGCAAAUAAUUAAAGCAACCGGACUGGUCACCAAAACUGCCUGGGCGGGGGCUGCAUAUAAUCUGCUGCUUUAUAUGCUUGCUAGCCAUGUUUUAGGGGCAGCAUGGUAUUUGCUGUCUAUUGACCGUUAUACCUCAUGCUGGAAAAAACUUUGUAAACAAUCUACAGGUUGCUCACCAAGCUAUUUAGAUUGCAGUCCGUCUCGCAAGAUGUGGGAAAAUGUUACAGACGUGUUUAAGAACUGUAAUCCUGGUAAUGAAAUUGAGUUCAAUUAUGGCAUAUUUGAAAAUGCAGUGAAGAAAAAUGUUGUAUUCUCAAACUUCGUCAGGAAGUAUUUCUACUGUUUAUGGUGGGGCCUACAGAAUCUGAGUUCAUAUGGGCAGAAUUUGUCGACCAGCCCUUUUAUUGGAGAGACUUCAUUUGCCAUUCUCAUUGCCAUCUUGGGUCUUGUAUUAUUUGCCCAUUUGAUUGGGAACAUGCAGACGUACUUGCAAUCUUUCACUGUGAGGUUAGAGGAAUGGAGACUCAAGCGAAGAGACACUGAAGAGUGGAUGCGGCAUCGCCAACUCCCUGAAGAUUUGAAGCAACAAGUUAGACGUUUUGUUCAAUAUAAGUGGCUUGCAACUCGCGGAGUUGAUGAAGAAGCCAUCCUCCAUGAUUUACCUGCUGAUCUUCGCCGUGAUAUCCAGCGCCAUCUAUGCUUGGACCUUGUUCGACGAGUGCCCUUCUUCUCGCAGAUGGAUGAUCAGCUGCUCGACGCAAUAUGUGAGCGUCUGGUGUCCUCCCUAAGCACUGCAGGUACCUACAUUGUUCGUGAGGGUGACCCUGUGACAGAGAUGCUUUUUAUUAUCAGAGGUAGAUUGGACAGCUCUACUACCAAUGGUGGUCGAACUGGUUUCUUCAAUUCAAUCACAUUGAGACCUGGAGAUUUUUGUGGAGAGGAGUUGCUUGCAUGGGCCUUGCUUCCCAAAUCUACAGUCAACCUGCCAUCCUCAACUAGAACAGUCAAAGCACUGAAUGAAGUUGAAGCUUUCGCACUGCGAGCUGAAGAUCUGAAAUUUGUGGCCAAUCAAUUCAGACGCCUUCACAGCAAGAAGCUGCAGCACACCUUCCGGUUUUAUUCUCACCAUUGGAGGACAUGGGCAGCCUGCUUCAUACAGGCUGCUUGGCGUCGGUACAAGAGGAGGAUGACUGCAAAAGAUUUCACCAUGCAGGAAUCUUUUGCUUUGAACGUUGUAGAAAACAAUGAGACAGACGAAGAGGAAGAGGAACAUUUUCCUGUUGAUUCAAAUUCUUCACAGGCAGAAAUGAACCUGAGGGUCACAAUUCUGGCUUCGAGGUUUGCUGCAAACACAAGAAAAGGAGCUCAUAGGAUAAAGGAUGAGAUGCCAAAAUUUCAAAAACCUGAAGAGCCUGACUUUUCUACUGAACCUGAUGACUAGUAAGUAGUUACUUAUAUAUUAGGCUAGCGUUACACGUUUGAUGUACCUCUCUGAAAUCCGUCACCAAGACACUGCAGAAUCCUUUCAUUUGGAAUAUGGUAAUCCAAAUUGCCGGAAGGCUCACAUGAUGCUUCUGAAUGUUCCAGUGUACUUGGUUAUACCUUUAGAGGUGAGUCAGAGAGAAGAUUGUAUUGAAAGAGAGAAGGGCAAGAAGGGGGAGGGUGUCAGGUCAAAUAUUGGGAUCUUGGUUAGAGUAAGCUGAUAAAAUUCAGUGGAGUGAACCAUGAGCUGUAGACCUGGCUCAGUCAAACUGUUUAGAAGGAUACUUGGAACUGUUUAAAUUCAAAUAAAAGGACAUUAAAUUUUAUACUA